AUGCUGUCCCUGCAUGCCUCAAUCAUCAUCUCUCUAUCUGCACGACUGACAUUCCUCUUUGACGUGUCACGACCGACAUUCCACUCUGACCUGUCACUACUGAAGUGUGUGUGUUUCCCAGGCGAGCCGUGCCGGGCGCCCCUUGACCUCCUCUUUGUGGUGGACUCCUCGGGCAGUCUGGGCCAGGACAACUUCAACAAAGAGCUGGCGUUCGUGGAGAAGAUUAUAAGCCGUGAAAAACGUGCCGUACCCUCGCGGAGUCACCAUGACCCAUCUGGCCCUGGAGUCUGCCAUGAACGACUAUUACAUCUCCACUUGUGGAGCCAGGCCAAACGCUGCCAAGGUCACGGUCGUGGUCACUGACGGAAUGUCCACUUAUCCGGAGAGCACGAAAGCUGCCGCCCCCGCCCUACACGCGACUGGGGUCAAGGUCGUCAGCAUCGGAAUUGGUUCCGGGGUCAGCCAGGACGAGCUGAAGAUCAUCGCGAGUAGCGGGGACCUGGUGUUCAGCGCCAACAACUUUGACGUGCUGGAUGCUAUAGAGAAGGAGGUCUCGGCCACAGCCUGUGAGGCCGCCACUUCAC